CACUGAGUCUUCGACUCAAACGAUUUAAACUUUUUAAAGUUUCCCUACUGUGCUAGAAUAAAUUUUUAAGUAAAAUAAUUUGGCAUUGCUAAUGGUUUUGACAACAAAAGUGUAAACAAAAAAUGUCUGCUGAUAUGUGGUUUAGUUAUUAAUUGACGUAUCACAAUUAAAUUAAAAUUACUGAGAUUGUCUGACUUCUAAUGGUUUCUCUCCAGAACCUUAAUGUUACUAAUUUUUCAUUAUCUGCAGAAGAUUUUAAUGUUUCUGUGACGAAUAUUACUCUCAAACAUGAAAAUGUUGAACCUGCAAAUACAUUUUUACUUGAUUUUGUGAUAUUGCCUUUAACUAUAAUAGUGAUAACUGUUAUUAUAGUUGGACUGAUUGCAUUUGUUAUAAGAAAGAAACAAUUGGAUAAACUUCGCCAUCAUCUAAUGCCUCUGUACAGCUUUGAUCCUGCAGAAGAAGGUGAAGAUUGGGAAGCUGAACUGUUGGAAGAAGGCACUGACCACCAACUAAGAGCAAAGAAUUCCAGACCUUCUGAACCACCCCAAUUAGCAUUUCGCAGCAAUUUGUAAAAAGCCUCUUCUAAGUGUAAAAAAUGUUUGUUUUUUCACCCCGAGAUGUCUUUUUUGGUCAACUGCAAGCUAAUGAGAUGUGCUUGUGCCAACAUUUAAUUUAUUUGUAAACAAUGUCUACUUUUUAUAUGUUUCAUGCAGUCUUAUAUUUAAAAAUAUUUAUUAAUUAGUAUAUUAUAUACUUCAGAAAUAAUGUGUAUUUCUGAAGCUUAUUAUCAGAUUAUAAUUUAUCUUUUGUUACAAAAACACCAUUUUCCCAUUUUCACUUACUUAAAUCAUUGCACAUAUUAAAUAUUUUUGUUAUUUAAUCAUUAUGUAUAGCUUUUAUUCUAUGAUCUCAUGUGUAUGUUAAUCUCUGUAUUAAAAUUUAUUAGAUUUUAUGUUCUCACUCAAUGAUCAAAAUAAAAUAUCAAAAAUAUAUUCUACUCACACAGUGCGUUAUUAAUAAUAGAACUUAAACUGUAAAUUCUUUUACUCAUCUGAAAUAUUUUUAUUUAACUAAUUUCUAUAAUAUAUUUUACUCAUCUCUGUGAUAUAUUCUGUAAUAUAUUUUUACUCGGUGAUUAAAAAUAGAAUUAAAUCUAUAAAUGCUUUAAUUCAUCAUAAAUAUUUUAAUUUAAAUUCUUAAUGUUCUGUAAUGUUUUUAGUGUGUUUAGAUCUUAAAAAUUAAACUAAAAAUUUAAGACAGACAGAUUAAGAUUUUAAAACUUUUUCAAGAUAAUUGUGAAGCAUAAAUUCUUAUUUGUGUGACAUUGUAAUAAAAACCUUCUUACAUUUGUAUUAUUACUUGUUUUCCAUACUCUUUUAAAAAGAAACUGCAGUUUGAAAAAUUGGUUUUAGAUUGUUAUAAAUUAUUUUUAUUUGUUAAAUUAAAUUGUCAGGAUUUUUGAUUUCACAAUAAAUGUUCAAUAUUAAAGCUUAGCAAUUAUUAUCCACAUCUGUGAAAGAAUUGUAAAAUUUGAAAUGUUGUUUAAUUAUAUUUUUUUCACAGCACUUUUUUUUCAGUUAAUGUUAUUUUUAUUAUUUCUAAAGACCAAGUAAAACCAAGUAAAUAUAAAUUGGUCCAUUCCCAAUGGAAAUUGUAUUUUCUCUCAAAAAUGUUUGUUUCGUAUAAUUUAUUAAUUUUAAAGAUUAAAACAUAACUUUUUAGUCAGUGCCUUUUCCAACUUAAAAACUUUUUUGUGUUUCAAAAAAUUAUUUUAAAAAUUCAAUGUAUUACUUAAUUAUUUAUUGUGUGAAUAUUACAUUUCUCUCUAAUAUUUGCUAUUAAUUAACAAGUUUAUAUUUAUCUACAAUUGUACAUAUUUAUAUUUGCCCCUAAAAGCCAUGUGCUAGUUAUUGCUAAAAUAUGAAUCAAAUAGCAUGUAUAAAAAAUAUUUUGCAUUUAAGUGUGCUUAUCCAUACAUAUUAAAAAAUGUGUGCAAGUCAAAAGUAUUAACAACCAACCUUUAUAAUCACCCUUUUACUUAUUCAUUAUUUAUUUACUUUUACAUUUAGAUAAUAUUAUAAUGUUUUUUUGCAAGAAACUAUUACUUUUUAUCAUUGUUUAAAAUUUACUUAAUACUAAUGUCACACAAAAUUUUAUAAUAAUGCAAUAGUUUUAUUAAGUGAAAUAAACUGAAAAAAAAAAUUGUUCAAAUGUCUCAUGAACUUAUUAAACUAAAAAAUAAAUCCAUGGAUAUCGGUAUUAUACAAUUAAAAUAUGGAAAUAAUUAUUAAGUAACCGUAUUGAGUUUAACAUACAUUUUUUUGUGAUAUUUGCUAGUUUCACUAUAUGUUUGUAAAUACUUACUUGUAAAAAUUUUUCUUCUAUUUUUACAGUACAUACAUAUAUUACUAUUUCUGAGUUCUAUUGUUUGCAUGUCUUAUAUACUACAACUAAAUAUAGAUAUUUUUUAAACUGUGAUUUAUUAUAUUUUUUUAGUUCAUUAUUCAUUGAGUUUAAUUUGCAUUACAUUACAUUUAUUUAAUUUAUGGUGCUAUUUAAAAUUUAGUAUUUUACGAACAAAAUAUGUCAUGUUUUAAAUGUGUAUUUAUUUUCAACUCAUUAAAACAUCUUAUUCAUUAAAGAAUGAUUUUGACCUCAA